GUCAACAGCCCGUGGAGUGAAGGAGAUUAUCCGGAUACAUUGGGGCCGCACCAGCCAAUCCGGAGCUUUUCUGUUAGACAAGAUACGCUCCUCUGUCAAAGAGGGAGAAGGCGUGAAACAAACCAACAAACUAGCACCACUACUACUCUGCUGCGAUUUGCGACAAGCGAAUCGCGGCUAGCAGGAGUUGGAAAGUGGCGGCCCGAGCCAUGGCGACGCCCUGCCGCAUCCGCCGCCUGCUCGUCCUGCUCGCCGCCGUCGCCGUCGCGGCGUCUCACCCGGCACACGAGUUCUGCGCGGCCGCGGGAGGAGGAGGAGGAGGCGCCGGCGGCUGCGGAGGAGGAGGGGACGGCACGAGGAUCCUGAUCAAGGGCGGGACGAUGGUGAACGCGCACCGGGCGGAGGAGGCCGACGUCUACAUCGAGGACGGCGUCGUCGUCGCCGUCCGGCCGAACAUCCCGGUUGGUGACGAUAAUGUCAAAGUGAUCGAUGCAACCGGAAAAUAUGUCAUGCCAGGUGGAAUUGACCCGCACACCCACCUGGAGAUGGAGUUCAUGGGAACUGUAACCAUAGAUGACUUCUAUAGUGGUCAUGCAGCAGCCCUGGCUGGUGGGACGACAAUGCACAUUGACUUUGUCAUUCCAGUGAAUGGAAACUUGACUGCAGGCUUGGAAUCCUACAAACACAAAGCAGAAAAAUCUGCUAUGGAUUAUGGAUUUCACAUGGCCAUUACCAAGUGGAAUGAUGAGGUUUCAAGGGAAAUGGAAGUGAUGGUCAAGGAACAUGGGAUCAAUUCUUUCAAGUUCUUCAUGGCAUAUAAAGGUUCAUUGAUGGUGACGGACGACCUCCUCCUUCAAGGCUUACAGAAAUGCAAGUCUCUUGGUGCACUGGCUAUGGUUCAUGCAGAGAACGGGGAUGCUGUUGCUGAGGGACAGCAGCGGAUGAUUGAUCUUGGGAUAACUGGUCCAGAAGGGCAUGCUCUCUCAAGACCUCCAGUUUUGGAAGGCGAAGCAACUUCACGGGCAAUUCGAUUAGCAAAAUUCGUCAAUACACCGUUGUAUGUUGUUCACGUGAUGAGCACUGAUGCAAUGGAGGAGAUUGCCAAGGCUAAAAGAGAAGGCCAGAGAGUCAUUGGUGAACCUGUGGUAUCUGGGCUAGUCCUUGAUGAUUCUUGGCUUUGGGAUCCUGACUUCGCAACUGCUUCAAAGUAUGUGAUGAGUCCUCCAAUCCGGGAGGCAGGGCAUAAUAAAGCGCUUCAAGCUGCUCUUUCAUCAGGGAUAUUACAGCUUGUGGGAACUGAUCAUUGCACCUUCAAUUCCACUCAGAAAGCUUUCGGUUCUGAUGAUUUCAGGAAGAUUCCCAAUGGCGUAAAUGGUAUUGAAGAAAGGAUGCAUAUAAUUUGGGAUAGCAUGGUGGAGACCGGCAAGAUCACAGUCACCGAUUAUGUGAGAGUGACAAGCACAGAAUGUGCCAAGAUCUUCAACAUAUACCCGCGAAAAGGAGCAAUCCUCGAGGGAUCUGAUGCAGACAUCAUUGUCCUGAACCCCAAGAGGAGCUUCGCAAUGGGCACGCGCACACACCAUACGAGGUCCGACACGAACGUGUACGAGGGCAGAAAAGGAAAGGGAAUGGUAGAGGUGACCAUCUCAAGAGGGCGAGUGGUGUGGGAGGAUGGCAAUCUGAACGCCGUGCCCGGUGCAGGAAGAUACGUCAGGACACCGCCUUUCGGAUACCUCUUCGACGGCCUUGACAAGUCGGACGCCGUCUACAGGGCUUCCCUCCGAGCACCUGUACAGCGUGGUGAGGCUGCUGCUGCUGCUGCUUAACUGCGUGUUCCACGGCUGGUCUCAUUGCCCCACUGACGGUACCACUAUCCCAUCUGGUUCAAGGACAAAUUGCACCUAAAGGUGAACGCCGUCUGCUCCAUGUGUAGCUUCCUUGUACAUACAAAUCUGCCUCGUUUAUAUCCAGAUUCGGACAUAGGUGAAAUUGUAAAGUUAAUUAUGCAUACAAGGCACUUCAUUUAUUUUCUUGCGAAUAUAAAAAUCACAUUUCUGAUUGGGGAAA